AUGCACCUACGCAGCGUACGCAGCGGACGCGUAGUUGGACCUAUGCAACAGGACACUUCUACCAUGUCAGUAAACAAGUUGCCCAGUGAAAUACCAACCCAACCUCGACAUGCUACUCCGAAACCCACGGUGGCAGAGCAGCCGCACGGGCGUAAGGAGACACCCCAGCAGGUGGCACCUACAGCAAAUGUUAAAGGCAUGCCACAGGACGGUCCGUACGUCACGUGGGACAAAUUCCACUCUGCAAUGGCUGUGAAAAAGAAUGUUAUAGGCGGGCCUGGAGAAUCGAGCGUAACGUCGCUUAUACUCCCUGCAGACGGCAGUACUAUGCAGGCCUUUUUAAUGCGUAUUGAACGACGGUACACUCAGAUGGGAUUGGAGACCAGUGAGUGGGGGGAUGCACUUAUCGACCAUCCUGUGGGCGUUGUUGGAGACGAGCGUUCUAGGCCGCGUAGCCAUGGCAAAGGGAUAAUGUUUGCGGUAGCGACAGGACCUAAUGCCAUUCCAGUCUUCCUAGAGCGGGGGAACCGCCUCCUCAACACGGUAGAUGGAGACAAAAAGAGCGCUGAGGUCGUGCAGGGGACUCAGCCGCCUUCGGAAGCGCGGUUGGAGUCUGGGCCGACGCCGAUGCGGAAUGAAGAGGCGCCGUGCAAGAAGACAGAUAGCAGCGGGAAAUCUGCAGAAGCGACAGAAGAAGACUGCAGGCCAGAAGCGAUAGAGACUAUGCCGCACUAG